UGCAGCGACCCUCUGACAGGCAGUACACCUAUUCAAACAGACACAAAUAAAAGGAUUUCUCUGCGUAUUUCCUUGUUUUCUCUUAUUGUUCGAACCUCUUCAGAAAACAUGCGUGAGUGUAUCUCAGUCCACGUGGGCCAGGCUGGAGUCCAGAUUGGCAAUGCCUGCUGGGAGCUCUACUGUCUGGAGCAUGGGAUUCAGCCGGACGGACAGAUGCCCAGUGACAAAGCCAUUGGAGGAGGAGAUGAUUCCUUCAACACCUUCUUCAGUGAGACUGGAGCUGGGAAACAUGUCCCCAGAGCUGUGUUUGUGGACCUAGAGCCCACAGUCAUUGAUGAGGUGCGCUCUGGAACCUACCGCCAGCUGUUCCACCCUGAGCAGCUCAUCACUGGCAAGGAGGAUGCGGCCAACAACUACGCCCGUGGACACUACACCAUUGGCAAGGAGAUUAUUGACCUGGUGCUGGACAGGAUCCGCAAACUGGCUGACCAGUGCACAGGCCUUCAGGGCUUCCUGGUCUUCCACAGCUUUGGAGGUGGAACUGGCUCUGGUUUCACGUCCCUGCUGAUGGAGCGCCUGUCUGUUGACUACGGCAAGAAGUCCAAGCUGGAGUUCUCCAUCUACCCAGCUCCCCAGGUGUCCACAGCUGUGGUGGAGCCCUACAACUCCAUCCUGACCACCCACACCACCCUGGAGCACUCUGACUGUGCCUUCAUGGUGGACAAUGAGGCCAUCUAUGAUAUCUGCCGUAGGAACCUCGACAUUGAGCGUCCUACCUACACCAACCUCAACAGGCUCAUCAGUCAAAUAGUUUCCUCCAUCACCGCUUCCCUUCGUUUUGAUGGUGCCCUCAAUGUUGAUCUGACAGAGUUCCAGACCAACUUGGUGCCCUAUCCCCGUAUCCAUUUUCCUCUGGCCACCUAUGCUCCAGUUAUCUCAGCUGAGAAAGCCUACCACGAGCAGCUCUCUGUAUCUGAAAUCACCAACGCCUGCUUUGAGCCUGCCAAUCAGAUGGUUAAAUGUGACCCUCGCCAUGGAAAGUACAUGGCCUGCUGCCUUCUGUACCGUGGUGAUGUGGUGCCCAAAGAUGUAAAUGCUGCCAUUGCCACCAUCAAGACCAAAAGGUCUAUCCAGUUUGUUGACUGGUGCCCAACUGGUUUCAAGGUUGGAAUCAACUACCAGCCCCCCACUGUGGUCCCUGGUGGAGACCUGGCCAAGGUCCAGAGGGCUGUGUGCAUGCUCAGCAACACCACGGCUAUUGCUGAGGCCUGGGCUCGGCUUGACCACAAGUUUGACCUGAUGUAUGCUAAACGUGCCUUUGUGCACUGGUAUGUGGGUGAGGGCAUGGAGGAGGGAGAGUUCUCUGAGGCCAGAGAGGACAUGGCAGCUCUGGAGAAGGAUUAUGAGGAGGUGGGGGUUGACUCCAUUGAGGGUGAGGGAGAGGAGGAGGGAGAGGAGUAUUGAAAUGGGAUAGGAGAUAAGCCUUUGUCAGACUGCAUGAUUUGAUUUAGAUUGAUACCUCAUAAAAAUGAAUAGAUAUUGGCAUUUUGUCUAUUUGAUGUUCAUCAUUUGCUAUGCUAUAAGUUUAGCCUCACCAUAAAUUGUCUGGAUUAUCAGUUCCUCCAUUAGAAAACAAGACCAUUCAAUUCAUAAAGUCAUUAAAUAUGUUACUGAUUAAAGAGGAGGAUUUUGUCUUCCGUUUAAACCCUUAAGUAGCUCUUGUUUACAAGUUUGAACACACUCAUUUUCAUAAACAGAAAAUACACCAGUUUGGUAAGUAAAAUUUAAGGGGAAAAGCACGCAAAAAAAUAUUACACCAAAGGGGUUUCCCACAGUUUCAGAAUGCACCAUAAUCAUACUAGUCAUGCAAAAACGAAUAGAUGAAGUUGGGUAGGUGUAAUCAU